CCGCCCUUUAAAUGCCCCAGGAAUUUUAAAAAUUCCCUUCCUGUUUGCUCAGCCAGGUGUGGAGUGCAAUCAGUGAGUCUUUCCAGGUGACCAUGCCUCCAUGCACCAAACGAGCCCCAACAUGGAGCAAUGGCGAGUUGCUGGACCUCAUCAGUGUUUGCGGGGAGGAAGCUGUGCAGUCCCAGCUGCGCUCCAGCUGUAGAAAUUACGAUACCUAUGGGGAGAUAUCAAGGGCCAUGCUGGAAAGGGGCCAUGACCGGGAAGCGCUGCAGUGCAGGGUUAAAGUGAAGGAGCUGCAGAGUGCCUAUUGCAAAGCCCGCAAGGGAAACCGCCACUCCAGCGCUGCUCCCACGACCUGCCGUUUUUACAAAGAGCUGGACGCCAUACUUGGGGGUGACCCGACCGCCAAUCCGAGGACCACAAUGGACACUUCAAAGUGGGGAGGGGAGGAGGAGGAGGAAGAGGAAACCGAGAGUGAGGGUAUUGGGGUGGGGGAAGUCACGCCGGAGUCCCAGGAGGCAUGCAACCAGGGGCUCUUCUCAAGCCAGGAGGAAGGCAGCCAGUUGCAGCAGCCGGUACUUGGUGAAGGACAAGCAGAGGAGCAGGUUCCUGUGUCCAUUUAUGGAAUUUGGUUUUAUGAUAAGGAAGAAUGCCAAAGAAUUGCAGAGCUCAUGAAAAAUCUAACUCAGCAGGAGCAAUUCAAAGCACGGCAGGGGGCUGGAGCAGGAGCCUCUCCAAUGAUCCAGAGCUCUGGUGAUAGCAAGGAAGUGGAUAUCUUACGGAUGCUUACCAAGGCCAAAGAUGAAUAUACCAAGUAUAAGACCUGUUCAGAGCCAAAACAAAUGACCAGUUCCUCUGCCAUCUAUGACAACCCCAAUCUGAUCAAACCAAUACCAGUGAAGCCUGUUGAAACUCAGCACCAACAAAUACCUCAGCAAGGCAAGAACAUGGACUCUGAACCACAACACUUAUCUUUGACAGCACUGUUUGGAAAACAAGAAAAUCCUACCAUAUACCAAGAUGUCCCAGAACAGUCACAGAAAAAGCACCAACUUAAUCUUUCUGUCAGGCAGAGUGUAGUGCGUUCGCUGUCCUAUGAGGAACCUGGCAGACAUUCACCCUCAGCAGAGAAGCAGCUUUGCCCAGCUAUUCAAAAACUUAUGGUGCGUGGGACAGACCUUCAUCCACUGUCUGAGCUUCCUGAGAAUCGACUGUGUGAAAACGGCAAUGUCCGCUCCGUAGGGGAGGUUUUCACUGGACUCUUCCAACCUGUGACUUCUCAUGGUAUUGUAACAUCUCAUCCAGCCCAGGACACAACUGGCAGUCAAAGCUUGUUACAGAAACUUCAGGGACAGUCAGGAUCAGUGACCAAAAUGGACCCAAGUGCAAAAGGUACUGUAAGUUCAACAGCUUCAAUCUUCAGCAGGACUUCUGCUACAGCAUCAGCAGCACCGAUAAAUAACAUGACCCAGCCACAUCUGGUAUAUUUCAAUGGCUCUCUUCCAACCCAGACUUUAGAACCUCAGACUACUGGUAAAGAACAGUCCAAACUUCCUAGACAGCCACUUUCCCUCUCUGGCAACCAAUCAACCAGUUCUGGAGUGAUUUCACCUCAAGAGUUACUGAAAAAACUCCAGAUAGUGCAACAGGAGCAGCAGUUACAUGUGUCCAGCAGACCUACCUUGGCAGCUAAGUUUCCUGUAGUGACUCAGAACACCAACACUCUAAAACCCUUGGACGCCUGGAUAGAUAAGACGUCAGGUGCACAAAAGCAGAGCCCUCUCUUUCAGGUCAUCUCACCUCAGCGCAUUCCUGCUACUGUGACUCCUGCAUUGCUGAUGUCCCCCAUGCUGUUCACACAGUCCACACCCGCUCCACCAAAGGCAAGUGAAAGUGGGUGCUUACCACCAGCAAAUCAAGAAUCUGCUUCCAGUUCAGCUAGCCUUCUCCUUCCUAUGCAGAAUCCAGAGCCAUCUGUCAUAAACAGCAACUCAUUGACCAAGAUGCAACUUCAGGAAACACUUUUACACCUGAUCCAGAAUGAUGACAACUUCUUAAACAUUAUCUAUGAAGCUUAUCUCUUCAGUGUGAGAAAGGCAGCAAUCAAAAAGUCUAUGUAAAAUAGAAUUUUAAAAUUAAAUUUCUAUGACUUCCUGAACUCCAGGAAGAAAAAGUCUCUCAUGCCAAGUGGUGUUACAUUGUUUUAAAACUUCUGCCUUUAAAAACAAUAAAGAUGAAAUAAAUGGUCCUAGA